AUGGCCGACGCAAUCGAUUCAAAAGAUUUUGGCAAACGCCCAGAAGCCGACGACGAUACCCUCCAACCAGAAUCAGCUGCGACACCAGCGACAGGCGACGUAGCCCAGAUAGAGCAUGUCAACAACCAGCCAACAACAACACAGAAUAAGGAAGCCGAAGAACCAUCAAUACCCACAGCCGCCGGCGCCAACAACAACAUGCCCAUCUCAUUACAAGACGUCAUGUCCGAAACAGACCCCGUCUCGCCAGCAUCCCAAACCGACGGCGCACAGCCCGACCCCGACUCGAUAUCCCAAGCCUCCCAUCAAUCAGCAUCAGGAUCGCCCACCAGUACCGAAGCCCCAGUCUGCAACAUCACCCUCCUUUUGCCGACUGGCGCCCGACACCCCUACAAGAUCGACGAGAAGUACCUGUCCAAAAGGGGCGUCGAGAUCCCUGAAACUGUUAGCGAAACGAGACAGCCGGAUCCGUUCAGUAUCUCGGUGUAUAAGCUCAAGGAACUGAUUCUGAGGGAGUGGAGGGAGGAGUGGGAGGGGAAGCCGGCUAGUCCUACUAGUAUUCGGUUGAUCCAUUUUGGGAAGUUGUUGGAUGAUAAGGAGAGUUUGAAGAAAUAUCGCUUCUCCCCCGACACCCCCAACGUCGUCCACAUGUCCGUCCGACCAGCCGAGAUGAUGGAAGAAGACGGCGAAGGCGCCAAAGGCGGCAAGAGCGGCGCAAGCGGGCGAGAAGGAUCGAGGAGAGAAGGAGGAAGUGGGUGUUGUGUCAUUCUAUGA